CCCAUCCAGCGACGUGCGUCUGGUGCCUGUUGUUGGGCUCGGGAUGAUUUGAGCUCUUUUCUAUGACUGCGUCUGCGUCGCAGCUCAUUGGACCAAUCGCGACGCAGCAGAAGAACCACACACCUGUAUAAAAGCAGACUCCAGGUCAGCUGUCAUUCAGAAAGGUGUGAUGAAGAUGAGGGUCCGCUGAAUGGCGCCAGAGACGCUUUACGCACGGGGUGUUUGGGUGGAUUCUUGUAGCCUGUGCGCACAGCAGAAGCUCUGGUGAGGCUGCAGGUCUCUGACUUUAAAGAUGGAUGGAAUACUGAACUACAGCGGAGCUCUGAACCUGAGUUCUGCAGCCGAUGGGAUAUUUAGUUUCGAAGACAUCGACGUGAGCGCGGACGGGAGCGCCAUCCUGAGGAUACUCAUCUCCGUGGUGUACUCUGUGGUGUGCGCGACGGGUCUGGUGGGGAACCUGCUCGUCUUCUUCCUCAUGAGGUUACGCCAAGGUCGGAAGAGGUCGAAGAUCAACGUGUUCAUCAUCAACUUGGCGGUGACGGACUUCCAGUUUGUCCUCACGCUGCCCUUCUGGGCCGUGGACACCGCGCUGGACUUCAGCUGGCCGUUUGGAGACGCCAUGUGCAAAAUCAUCCUCUCCAUCACCGUGAUGAACAUGUACGCGAGCGUGUUCUUCCUCACCGCGAUGAGCGUGACCCGCUACUGGUCGGUGGCCUCUGCCCUGAAGAAGAAAACCUACCGGAGGUCGCGGUGCGUAAAGUGGGUGUGCGCGGUGCUGUGGGUGGCCGCGACCGUGGCCACGGCUCCGACUGCGAUCUUCUCAUCAGUGACCGUCGUCGCCGGGGAGAAGCUCUGCCUCCUCCGGUUCCCUGAAGGGCACGACUGGCUCGCCCUCUACCACAUCCAGAAGAUCCUGGUCGCCUUCAUCAUCCCCAUGCUCAUCGUCUGCGUCAACUACCUGAUGCUCCUGCGCUUCGUGAGGCAGCGGAGCAUGGGGACCAGCAACCCCAAGCGCAGGUCCCGGGUCACCAAGUCUGUGGCUAUAGUGGUUUUAUCCUUCUUCUGCUGCUGGAUGCCGAACCACGCCAUCACCUUCUGGGGCGUCCUGGUCAAGUUCAACGCGGUCAACUGGGAUAAGGCGUACUACCUGGUGCACACGUACGUGUUCCCGGUCACCGUGUGCCUGGCGCACGCGAACAGCUGUUUGAACCCGGUGCUUUACUGUCUGAUGAGGCCGGAGAUCAGGAAGAUGCUCAGCAGUUUGUUCUGGAGAGUGUCCACUCCAACCGCCAGCCGGGGCUGCGCCACGCGCUCUUUUACGCAGGGCGAGACGCCGGCUGUGGUUCCUCUCCAGAUUAUGGACAACGGAGAGUACACGCUGUCCAUCAUUGACCGGAAAGGAGUCUCCGGCUCCAAAACGACCCCGAACACCAGAUAAACCCAGUGAAAACACGUGGAGUCUGAUGCUUUUACUUUGCUCUGCAGGUGUCCCACAUUACAUUACAACAUUUUACAGGACACUUCAUCGUCAUCUUCAUCAUCAUGGUAUAGAUCAUGUGAGGAGGUUGAACUGUAUUUGUGGCAUUUCUGAAUCCUAAAACUGUGACCUGUUGAUUCCACUGAUGGAAUAAACCAACGUGACAAGCAAAAAGGUGGAACAGAGACACAGGGACACAUGUGGAGAAAUGUCCCUCACUGGAAUAGACCCUGGGACAUGGAGGGAUCUGAAAAACAAAUUACUGCCAUGUAAAAUGUGGGAUCUUGAAGAAGGACCCAUAACG